AGCUGAUCAUCCUGGAGGAUUAUGCGGACCCGUUUGACGCUGCGGAUCAGGCCGGCGGCACACAGACCACCACAGAAAAACCCCCAGAGAAUGACGGGUACAUGGAGCCUUAUGAAGCCCAGAAGAUGAUGGCCGUGCUGCAAACGCAAAAGCAAGAGUCAUUUAGACGCUCAGAUUGCUUCAGGCGGAGUGAAACGGCUGCUUCACUUAGAGGAAAUUCAUGAGUCUGUUCAGUAAUUAUUCCUGCAUCAUCAUCAUCAUCAUCUCACCUGUUUGAAUGGGUUUAUGUUAUUGUUGUUUCCAAAAGGAAUAAACAAGGACUGUUCACUGUUCAAAGAUUUGGUGACACUUUCUACACUAAACCAACAGCUAGGAUUCCUCUGGGUUGUGUUUUAAGUGGAGUGAACAUAAAACAAUUUCUGUCAUGAGCAACUCUCGGGAGUAUGGUAAUGACUGUGUAUUUGGAAGUGUUGAUGUAUUUGGUCUUGGUGGUGGUGUAUAUCUGCUGUAGGAUUAUAUAUGAUUAUUAUGGCAGAGCAAGUAGCGAGACCUGCUACUGCCAGUAUAUACACAGACAUGCACUCUGAGAAUAUAAUAUACUGUAUAUAUGAUGACAUAAUAUAAAUGCAACCCCUGUGGCAGAUCUAAACACAGGUGGAGUGGGGGUGGAGGAGGGUCGCUGCAGCUUGAACAGCUUAAAGCAAUGCAGAGUGUUUAAACUGAUGAGGAGUAAGCUCAUUGGCUGCCGAGGGGACAGUAACUAAUGUCCUGCAUCGUGUAGUUCAUUAAUGUUCAAAAACGCAUCUAGUUUUUCCAUUUGAUGAUGUAAGAUUGUUUUGCGUUUACAUUUAUAGACUGAUUAUAAAUAUUUCUAAACAGAGUUAUAAUUAAUUAUCAGCAUUAACUUAAUAGAACGUGUUACCAAAGACUUUUGAGUUGAUUCAUUUAGUUUGGAGUCAUUUUGAGUUGUUUUUGGUGGUGUUUUGAUGUGGAUUUUGGUUAAUUUAUGUAAAUCCUGUAGGUAUGCAUGCAGCUUAUUUAGGUAAUUCCUGUUGAUUAAUUAGAGUGAUGAGUUGAGUCUUAUUUGUCAGCUGUUUCACCUGCCUCCCCUGACCUCACGUCCCUGCAACACACAAGACUUUGGCUAGCAAAUCAAUGCAAAAGGAUGUGCAGCCUGCAUCGAGUCCAUUGUGUUCUGAAUGGAAUUGUUUGUUUGUUAUUCUAUAGUAAUGUUUUAUUUAUUUUUAAAUAUUAUGAAAUAAAUAAGGACAUUCCCCAUGGUGACUUU